AUGGCCGAGGGCGGCGGGGGCGCGCGGAGGAGAGCUCCGGCGCUGCUGGAGGCAGCCCGCGCCCGGUACGAGAGCCUGCACAUCUCUGAUGACGUGUUCGGCGAGUCGGGCCCGGACAGCGGCGGGAACCCCUUCUACAGCACCUCGGCAGCCUCGCACUCCUCCUCGGCCGCCUCCUCGGACGAUGAGCGCGAGCGCCCCGCUCCUCCGGGGACCGCCCCGCCACCCCAAGCCGCGGAUCCGUUGGAGCUGGAGGAGGAUGAGGCCGGUGGAGGCUGGAGCGCCGCGCUGCGGGACCGCCCGCCCCCGCGCUUCGAGGACACCGGUGGUCCAACCAGGAAGAUGCCGCCCAGUGCCAGCGCGGUGGACUUCUUCCAGCUCUUUGUCCCAGACAACGUGCUCAAGAACAUGGUGGUGCAGACCAACAUGUAUGCCAGGAAGUUCCAGGAACGCUUCGGCAGUGAUGGGGCCUGGGUGGAGGUGACGCUGGCCGAGAUGAAGGCCUUCCUGGGCUAUGUGAUCUCCACCAGCGUCUCGCACUGCGAGUCGGUGCUCAGCAUUUGGAGUGGAGGCUUCUACAGCAACCGGAGCCUCGCCCUCGUCAUGAGCCAGGCCCGCUUCGAGAAGAUCCUCAAGUACUUCCAUGUCGUGGCCUUCCGUUCCAGCCAGACCACGCAUGGGCUCUACAAGGUCCAGCCCUUCCUUGACUCCCUGCAGAGCAGCUUUGAUGCUGCCUUCAGGCCAUCUCAGACCCAGGUGCUACAUGAACCCCUGAUUGAUGAGGACCCCGUGUUUAUCGCUACAUGCACGGAGCGUGAGCUGCGGAAGAGGAAAAAGCGGAAAUUCAGCCUGUGGGUCCGCCAGUGCUCUUCGACCGGCUUCAUCAUCCAGAUCUAUGUCCACCUGAAGGAAGGCGGUGGCCCAGAUGGCCUGGAUGCUCUGAAGAACAAGCCACAGCUCCAUGGCAUGGUGGCCCGGAGCCUGUGCCGGAACGCGGCUGGGAAGAAUUAUAUCAUCUUCACAGGGCCCAGUAUCACCAGCCUCACCCUGUUUGAAGAAUUUGAGAAGCAAGGGAUCUACUGCUGUGGCCUACUGAGCUCUAGGAAAAGCGACUGCACAGGCCUCCCUCCAUCCAUGUUGACCAACCCUGCCACCCCACUCGCCCGGGGCCAGUACCAGAUCAGGACAAAGGGGAACAUGUCUCUGAUCUGCUGGUAUAACAAGGGGCACUUCCGCUUCCUGACCAAUGCCUACUCCCCUGUGCAGCAAGGUGUCAUCAUCAAGAGGAGGAGUGGGGGAAUCCCCUGCCCUCUGGCUGUGGAGGCCUUUGCUGCUCAUCUCAGCUACAUCUGCAGAUACGACGAUAAAUACAGCAGGUAUUUCAUCUCCCACAAGCCAAACAAGACGUGGCAGCAGGUGUUCUGGUUUGCCAUCAGCAUCGCUGUUAACAACGCCUACAUCCUGUACAAAAUGUCAGAUGCCUACCACGUGAAGAGAUACAGCCGGGCUCAGUUUGGAGAGAGACUUGUCAGGGAGUUGCUGGGCCUGGAGGAUGCAUCACCAGCCCACUGA